AUGAUUCAACUCCUUGACUUGGAUUCUCUUGCUUCCAUCUUCUCAUUUCUUCCUGACAAUCACCGAGGAAAAUCUGCUCAAAUAUUGAAAUGUGUUUCCAAGUACUUUUCCCACUUGUUUUCAGUAAAUUAUAAUCAUCAAUAUACUGAUUACUUUCGGGAAGUGUUCGGAUCAAUGUUUGUGCCAAAGAUGUAUAUUCAACUAUGUAGGCUUUCUACUCAGUCCUCCGAUCGUGAUGAAUUUGGAGAUCAAUUUAGCAAUUGUUUAAAAAGAUUAUUCGGAAGAAGAUUUGAAGCAAUUUCCAAGACUGAAUUUGAAUUGGAGUUUGAUUUUCCAACUACUACUGAAGAGAAGAAUACUGAACAUAUUUUGAAUUUUCUUCCACACAUUGUGGAGCAGAAUUCAGACGAAAGGCAAUACUUGUUGGAUGAUGAAAAACAUUCUGCCAAUCAUGAUUUGAUAAAGCAACUGCUACAUUGGAAGUUUAAUUCUAAAGAUUCACUGACAUUGAAUAAUUAUCGGAACUUUGAUAAAAGGAAGAAAAUCAAUGCAUUUCGUUUCUUCAAAAAAUUCAAAUUUCAUUUUCAAUUAGUCACUAACUCCACAUUGGGAGAAACAGAAAUUUACACUUGUAAAUACUUUAAUCUAUUCGAAGUAUGGGAUAAUGUCAUAGUUCCCAAACUAGAUUCAACUUCUGUUAGAUGUGAAAUAGAGAAGAGUUCAGAAUCUCAAGCUUAUGGAAUUAUUCGUUCUUCUUUUCUGAACUUCAUCAAGUAUGCAGAAAAAUAUGGAGACUUUGAAUUGCAACAAAUAUAUAAUGGGAAAGAGUUGGAUGAAUUACAAAAAAUCUCACAAGAAGGUUCUAUUACUGACUUGAUUGACUAUUUGACCAUUUCAAGAAAUAUAAUAAUGCAUUUCACAACGAGUAUACUCUCCAACAAUACCAACCUGAUUCGAUAUUCUUCCAUAGAGAGGCCAUACUUUCACCCUAAAAUACGCACUGCUUUGGGAAUUACUGAGAACCUAUCACUCAUACCAUGGAAUGUAUUUACCAACAAUAUUAGACUCGAGUUCUCUUCAAUCAUUCUCUAUCACUUGUUGGAGGAUGCGUUGAAUAUUUCAGAGGAAUAUCUCACCAAGUACAGAAACAUACACAACCUACCAAUAUAUCACCAGAAAGAGCAGAGGAUUACUUUUGUAUCGAAUAGGAACAAUUUUGUUCUCAAAUUUCAAACCCUUGAAUUCUACAGAACUGUUGCCAUAAUUAGAAAUAACAUUGUGACAAUACCCUUCUACCCAAGUGCAUCCCUUGAGGGUUUCUCUCAUCAUGUUCCUCGCGACCAAGUAUCAACCUUCCCUACCACCUUAGAUUCAGUCAAUCUGUGUUGCAUGAAGUACUGCACCUUCAAUACUAUCACUGCUCCAUUAUGGUGUGUUCCUUGCUGUUGCUGGUGGGGUGCCAUGACUUGUUGUUGUCUCUAUCCUCUAUGUUAUCAAGCAGAGAAAUUGCUCUCUGGAGAUGGUAUGUGUGAUGCACUGGUGGACAGCAAACAUAGAUGCAUGUCGUGUUUUGAUUGUGAUGUAUGUUUAUUCGUUUCUGCCAACUCCUUGUGUUAUCCUUGCUUUUUAUUAAAGGCCAGGGUAACCGAUGGACCUUUUCUACCAGAGGCCAGAAGUUGGACCAUUGCUGACGACAAGAUAUUUGGAAAUAAUAAUAACUAUUGCAAUAUUCUGUAGUUUAUGAUGAAGGAAGAAAAUCAAAUAGGAAAUAUCAAUGGUUGAAUUCAUUGUUUCUUACGGAGCUACUCGGACAGCUAUUGUAAAAAGACUCAAGUGUUCGUUUUGAUUGGAUUCAAUUGAUGCAUUUAUAACACCACAACCAUUUUAAAUGUUUUUUAAAUGUUUAUUGAACAUUGUUCUGAAUAGUUCCAUUAUUGACAAUUUGAACAAUCCAAAUAAUAUUAUUUUAUCAUUUUCU